GACUCCUUCUGUCACUGCAUAACAGAAUGGCCAAAAGAGUAGCCAUCCUUGGGGCUGGGGCAAGUGGCCUUACAGCCAUUAAAUGCUGUUUGGAUGAGGGUCUUCAGCCAACCUGUUUUGAGAGAAGUGAAGAUAUAGGAGGGCUAUGGAGAUUCCAGGAACAUGUCACUGAAGGUCACAGCAGCAUUUACAAAUCAUUGACUACGAAUAGUUCAAAGGAGUUGAUGAGUUUUAGUGAUUUUCCUACUCCUGAGGAAUACUCAAACUACAUGCAUCAUAGUAAAAUGAUGGAGUACUUUUGGAUGUAUGCAAAGCAGUUUGAUUUGCUUAAGUACAUACAUUUCAAGGCUCAAGUCUGCCAUUUAAGGAAACACAAAGAUUUCCCCAUCACUGGACAGUGGGUAAUUGUAACAGAAAUGAAUGGGAAGCAGGAAUCGGCUGUCUUUGAUGCUGUUCUAAUUUGCACAGGCCUCUAUGUACAACCUUAUUUUCCUCUGGAUUCAUUUCUAGGUUUUGAGAAAUUUAAGGGGAAAAUUAUUCACAGCUGGGCAUAUAAGAAUUCUGAAAAAUACCAAGACCAACGAAUCCUCAUCGUAGGCUUGGGAAAUUCUGGAGUAGAGAUUGCUAUUGACCUCAGCCAUAUCACAAAGCAGGUCUUUCUGAGUACUAGAACUGGUGCUUGGGUGGUGAAUCGAGUCUCUGAUGAUGGAUAUCCUUUUGAUGUAGUGCAUUUUACACGUUUCAAAAAUCUCCUUUUCCAUAAACUUCCUGCGGUGCUGAUAAACCAAUGGGGAGAGAAGAAACUGAAUAUGAAAUUUAACCAUGAGAACUAUGGUGUAAAACCCCAGCACAGGUUCCUAAGUAAGACCCCAAUUAUGGGAGAUGAUCUACCAAAUGCUAUAAUUGCUGGCAGGGUGGUAAUGAAACCACAUGUGAAGAAGUUCACUGAAAGAGGUGUGAUCUUUGAAGAUGGCAGCACAGAAGAAAAUAUUGAUGUGGUAAUUUUUGCUACAGGAUACAACUUCUCCUUUCCCUUCACUCAGGAUAUUAUCCUCAGGACUCAAACAAAUAAAUUCUCACUAUAUAAAUAUGUCUUCCCACCACACUUGGAAAAGCACACAUUAGCUGUGAUUGGCCUCAUCAAACCUGUAGGAGCCACUAUGCCUAUAUCUGAGCUCCAAGUUCGCUGGGCCACAAGAAUCUUCAAGGGCCUAAACAAGUUACCUUCAAAUAAUGACAUGAUGGCUGAUAUUGCUAAAAAGAUCCAGUAUAAUGAAAAACGGCAUGCAGCAAGCCACAACAAUUUCUUAAUAGUGCACUAUAUUGAUUACAUGGAUGAACUGGCUUCCCUAUUAGGAGUGAAGCCCAAGCUGCUGAGUCUUCUUCUGACCGAUCCAAAGCUGGCCUGGGAAGUAUAUUUUGGGCCUUGUUCAGCUGCUCAGUUCCGUCUGACCGGUCCUGGGAAGUGGGAGGGAGCCAGAAAUACCAUCUUGACCCAGAGAGAAAGGAUUAUCAAGGCUACAAAGACACGGCCUCUGCAGUCCUCUACCAACUCUAAAGUAACUCUGGUUCCUUCUUUCUUCAUUAAAGCACUCAUCUGUUUUGGACUUCUCACUAUUGUCUUAACUUACCUCUAAUUUGAAUUUGUAGCAGCCUGAAAACGGCUUCUUCUCCUGCAAAUGAACUUGUUUUGAGUGGCAUAUUUCAACCUGAAAUUCCAAAUUAUCAAUAUCUAUGUUGAAUAUCCUUUGUAGAUUACAUUACUUCCAAUGUAUCAAUAAUGGCUUGUUAAAAAUUGGAACAUAAUUGAAUACAAAGUAUUUCCACAUUUGUUUCAUGUUUUACACCCUACACCUCUGUUUCAUUAAUAUCUCUACAGCUUGUGUUUUUUCUAAUAACUAAUGUCUUACUUAUGAAAUAUCUACUUUUACACCAUUGUCCUUUGUCUGGGGCCCUCUAUAGUUCUCUAAACUCUAAUUCAGUGGAAUUAGAAUGUAAUGGAAUUCUGAAUUUCAGAAAAAAAAUCGAAUUUCAGGCAAUAAUGGAUUUCACUCCAACUACUAGAAAAAAAGUCUAUAUUUGAUGAUUUAGUCUUGAAAAUAUAAAUUUUACUGUACGUAGAGUCUUCAUAAUUUUGGGUACAUUUAAUGUAUA